ACUCAAAUCCUCUCUUCACAGACUUUCGGUAAACUUGAUUUGGAAGAUUUGCAAACCCCACAUAUCCUUCAAGGUUCUUCUACUCACCCAUGGCGCUGGCCGGCGGCGGUGCGGCUGCCGCUGCUGACGCUGGGCUCCGGCUGGCUGCUCGUCCUCCCGCCCUGCCUCCCUCAGCCGCGGCGGCACCGAGCGGGCCGCCCCCUCCUCCCCGAGCGCCUCCCGCCAGCCAACCCGGCGGCGAUUCUCCAACGCCCCCUACGCCGAUUCCGUCGAGGGGCCGCGGCCCUUCCGCACACGGCGCCUACGCGCUCCCGCGGCCGGACGGACUUAGCGGCUCCGCUCCCGCCGCCGCCUCUGCCCGCUCCUCCUCCUUCUCCCUCGCCGCCUCCGCCCAGCUCCUCACACGCUCCCCGCCCGCCUCUCCGAGCACACAGCGGCUUCCGGCUCAGCCCCUCCGCCCGGCGCUGUCCCCACGUCUCCCUCCCGCCCCUCCCAGCCCGGGGUCGGUCACGCUGUUAUUUCCUCCCGCGCCGCGCCGGAGAACAGAGGGAGCGCUCGGAGGCCAUUUUGGAACCGGGCGCACGCUGCGGGAGCGCGCAGGCCGCACGGCGGGCUCUGCCCGGAUCAAAGAUGUCCGCCGGGCUUGA